AUGCCCAUGAGGCAGGCCGCCCUCCUAACGGCGCUCGCCGCGGCCGGCCAGGCGGCCUUCGACGCCUGCGGCGAGCCCACCAAGGGCCCCGUGCUCGGCGGCAUCGACGUCGUCGACGCCUGGGCCAAGGCGCUCAAGGCCCGCAACGCGACCGUAUCAAAUCAAGGCCCGCGCCUGCCGCACCUGGCCGAGGCGCCGCCGCUGCGCGGCUCCGCGGAGCACGCCUUCACGACCCCGGACGGCUUCGCCCUCCACUUCGCGACGGAGGCCAACCGGGACGCGUACGCGGCGGACCCGGCCAAGUACGCCCUGGGCGCGGGCGGCUACUGCGGCCUGGGGGCCUCGGGCCGCGACCCGCGCUGCGCUAAUGGAGACCACUGCCGCGGCCCGGCCUGCGGCACUUCUCCUCUAACUUUCCAGGUCUCGGGCGUCGACGGCAAGCUCUACUUCUUCCUGGGCGCCGGCGCGCGCCAGAUCUUCAACGAGGACGAGGAGGCCUCGGUCGCGGGCGCGGCGGCGAAAGUUGUGGAGGUCGAGGCGGCGACGGGCCGCGCCUGCUUCAACACCGAUUUACUAGGCUGCCGGACGCCCGGUUCGGGGAUCUCCUGGUCCGGGGGCGGCAACGCGACGCGCGCGGGCGCCUGGCGCCAGCGCCUCAAUCAAGGGUUUUUGGGUCCCGGCGGCAUGGCCGGCCAGCGCGGCCCGGCGCCGGGCGGCCCGCAGCGCCCCGGGAUGACGAUGGGCGACGGCCAGCACCCGGCCGGCGGGCAGCGGCCCGGGAUGACGGGCCAGCAGCGCCCCGACGGCCAGCAGCGCCCGGGCGGCGCCGCGGGCGGCCAGCAGCGCCCCGACGGCCAGCGCGGCCCCGGGGCGACGCGGGGCGACGGCCAACGUCCGGGUGGCCCGAACGGCGGCCAGCGGCCCGGCCAGCGCGGCGGCGGCGGCGACGGCGGCGACGGCGCCCGCCAGCCGGCGCCGAAGCGCAAGAAGACCGCCUGGGAGUCGGUCAAGGCGUGGAUCUGGGGCGCCUAG